AUAAACUCCCGUUUGUUUAAAGCAGUCGUCGACGUAUCCCAGGCCCAAUCUCAGUCGUACCAUCACCGCUGACCGCCGCCCAUAUCGAUUUGGAAGUGGAUAACCGGUGCUGUUAUUUUGUUAACGAAUUCGAGAACCGAGAAUGUUGGGGGCAUCCAAAUGGCUCAGGUUUAGUGCUGGGGAGCUAAUCUUACGCAAUUGCUCUUACAAGAAACCACUCCUCUUAGCCACCUGCUUCUGUUCUCCUCCUGCCCAUGAAUGUCUUCUUCUCCAGAGGAGCAUAAGCAGCAGCAGUAGUGGUAUCUGUGGUUCCUACUCUACUUACCUUCCAUGGAAGAAUCCGAGAAGCAGAACAAGCUCUACUGGAUCUCUCAAUGUCAAAAAUUUCCUCUCCGAUUCUGGGUUUUUCUCUGCCCCUUCCAAGCCACCGAGUGCAAUGCUAAAUGGGCGCGUAUUGUUCUCGAGCUCUGCUCCUAGUAAGCCUAAUGGUAAUCAGGACCAUGGAGGUAAAUCAUCGAUUACUACUGCUAAAUCAGAGGAGAAACAAGUUGCAGACAUGAAAAUUCUUCGUACGCUUGUUAGUUUCUUGUGGAUGAAAGAUAACUACGAAUUUCGCUUAAGGGUCAUCACAGCUCUUGCCUUUCUUGUGGGUGCCAAGGUCUUGAAUGUUCAGGUCCCUUUUCUGUUUAAGCUUGCUGUUGAUUGGUUGACCACUGCUACUGGGAAUGCUUCUGCCCUUGCUUCCUUCACUACUGCUAAUUCUACUCUUAUUGCUCUCUUUACAACCCCUGCAUCUGUUCUCAUUGGUUAUGGCAUUGCCCGCUGUGGGGCGUCUGCUUUCAAUGAACUGAGGACUGCCGUGUUCUCUAAGGUUGCUCUGCGAACAAUCCGUCAGGUUUCUAGAAAGGUGUUUUCACAUUUGCAUGACUUGGACCUCAGAUUUCAUCUCAGUCGAGAGACUGGUGCACUAAAUAGAAUAAUUGAUCGUGGUAGCCGAGGAAUAAAUUUUAUUCUCUCAUCGAUGGUAUUCAAUGUUGUACCAACUAUCAUAGAGAUAUCUAUGGUAUCAGGUAUUUUGGCAUACAAGUUUGGAGCUCCUUUUGCUUGGAUUACUUCUCUUUCAGUUGCUGCAUAUGUUGCUUUCACAUUGUCUGUGACUAAGUGGCGGACAAAGUUUAGGAAGGCCAUGAAUAAAGCCGACAAUGAUGCCAGUACAAGGGCAAUUGAUUCUCUAAUCAAUUAUGAGACUGUCAAAUAUUUCAACAAUGAAGCUUUUGAAGCUGACAAAUAUGACGAGUUCUUAAAGAGGUAUGAAGGUGCAGCAUUGAAAACACAACGAAGUCUUGCUUUUCUGAAUUUCGGCCAAAAUGUGAUAUUCAGCACAGCUUUAUCAAUAGCUAUGGUGUUGUGUUCCCAUGGGAUUGUGAAUGGCCAGAUGACAGUUGGUGAUUUGGUUAUGGUGAAUGGGCUUCUAUUCCAGCUAUCUCUGCCCCUCAAUUUCCUUGGCAGUGUUUAUCGUGAGACCAUACAGAGUCUUGUUGACAUGAAGUCAAUGUUUCAACUACUUGAGGAGAGAGCUGAUAUUAGAGAUAAAGAUGAUUCAAAGCCUCUCAAGUUGAAUGGGGGUAGCAUUCAGUUUGAGAAUGUGCACUUUAGUUACUUGGUGGAAAGAAAGAUUCUCGAUGGCAUAUCUUUUGUUGUACCAGCUGGCAAAAGCGUGGCUAUUGUUGGCACAAGUGGCAGCGGCAAGUCGACUAUUCUUAGAUUGCUAUUCAGAUUUUUUGACACCCAUUCAGGAAGUAUAAAAAUUGAUGGUCAAGAUAUACGAAAUGUAACAGUGGAUAGUCUGAGAAGGUCUAUUGGUGUUGUACCACAAGAUACAGUACUAUUCAAUGAUACAAUAUUUCACAACAUUCAUUAUGGUCGUCUUUCAGCAACAGAGGAGGAAGUGUAUGAUGCUGCUCGACGUGCUGCAAUCCAUGACGCUAUCUUGAAUUUCCCUGAGAGAUAUUCUACUGUGGUGGGGGAACGAGGGCUCAAGUUAAGUGGUGGUGAAAAGCAACGUGUUGCGCUGGCUCGUGCAUUUUUGAAAGCACCUCCUAUUCUGCUAUGUGAUGAAGCUACAAGUGCACUCGACAGCACAACAGAAGCAGAGAUAUUAAGUGCAUUGAAGUCAUUAGCCAAUAAUCGAACAUCAAUUUUUAUUGCUCAUAGGCUUACAACUGCAAUGCAGUGUGAUGAGAUAAUAGUUCUGGAGAAUGGGAAGGUUGUUGAGCAGGGACCCCAUGAAGUUCUAUUGACCAGGGCAGGAAGAUAUGCACAGUUAUGGGCACAGCAAAAUAAUACGGUGGAUGCCAUUGAUGCAGCUAUUAAAUUGGAGGCGUAAGUGUUAUCUUCCUCUCUGAUCAACCCUUUUAUGGCACCAGUGCCAUAAAAAGAUAAUGUUGUCUCAGCCUUUUAUUUUGGUGCGCAAGCCCAUGAAGUGGGAUUUAGGCAGUAGGCACCGGAAAACUAGAUGGGUGCCUUUUACGGGGUUGCAUCCCCAUAAUAGAGUCCAAACGGGCAACAUUUAUCAUACCUUGGAAGAAAAGAAGCAACAGAAUGCUACAUAAGAAGAAAUUUGGAACAGAAUGGUGAGAUGCACAUAAGCUCCACAGCUUGAUCAAUAGCAUACAUCAAAAAAACUUCAGAUCAAAUUUUAUGUCCCAUGUCUUUUUUCUGGUCCUUUGGUUGGAUGCCAAUGACGCUGGAGACCGAUGAGAUGAAUUUAUUUCUCAUCAUUGUUAUAUAGUGUAUAUCUAAUAACUUAUAAAUUUUGUAUACAAAAUGAUUAGACGUUCUAGAGUGCGAGUAAUUCCAUAUAUGCUGACUUUAGCUUUUGUGCGUGGUUCUAUAUAUUGAUUUCUUAAUAAGAGCUAGUUUCUUUCACAGUA